CUGUAUUCUUUUUUAAUUAGCAUGAUUCGUUUACAUAUUAAAUAUCAAGACUUAUAUGCAAAAAAUAACGGAUAUGCAAAUUUCAUAAAAUCCGCUCUCUAGUUAUUACACUUGUUGAAAUACAUUUUCAAACUUCCAUCUUUCUCUAGAUCGUCGGUUUCGUAGCUGUGUUUGUUUGUUGUAGACAGAAAAUAGUAAGAUUACAGUGACCCUAAGAUUUUGUGCAAUCGGCCUUAAAUACACCCCUUUGUGAUGCGACGCGCGCCGUAGUGACAGAACUUGCAUGCUGUCGUCGGCUCCGUUUGAGCCGGUUUUAUUUUAUUUUUAUUCGCAAAUUUCGACUCUAUGGACGGCUACAAUAUCUAUGCAGGCUACUAUACCUAUACUGAGUAAAGCGCGGGGUACUCUCGACGACUGAUAUCGUGCGAUAUUUGUAUGCCUAGACUGUAAUAAAGAAAUGUAAUUUUACCAUCCAUAAAUGGAAUAAUUAACCAUAUUUGUGAUUUUUCAAUGACAUAUUCUCUCUUUCCAUCAACUCCUCUGAACGUCAUAUCCCCCCCUACUUUGUCGAAAAGAAAAACCCUUGUUCUCCCCUUCCCUCGUGCGUUUUGAUAAGCGGUAUCUUGGGCAGGUAUAAAUUGUUCAGUGGGCCCUUUUCCAUUCAGUGUGUAUUUUGCGUUUGUGGUGACAAUUUCGAAAUGGCCAACUGCGAACACAAGAAUUUCGAAAUCGAUGCAUCUGUGGAUAGGCAAAUUCAAAAUUGCUUUGAAGAGAUGGUGGAUUUUGAAAUAGUGAAGCUAGAUCCACAUUUAUCAGUGAAGGAAAGACGAAGCAUCGUUGUUGGGAUGGUACUCGUGAAAAAGGAACAACUCAAGUUAGCCAAGAAGAGGAAGGCAGCCGAAAAAUCCACAAGAAAACCCUUGAGUUACCAGAGAAGGCGGCGGAGAACCUCAAAGAGUCUUCUAAAAAAGUGCCUGCUCAAGCAGCACUGGGAGAGAGAAGAACAAAUUCAACUAAAAAAUGAAGAAGUGGUGGCCAUCCACGAAGAAGCCAAACGUUGAAUGGAGUGCCUCGAGAAAAUCAUCUCAGACAACUUUUAGAUUUUUUAUAUUUUUGUUAAAGUAUUAUUUAUUUUUGUUUACGUUAUUAAAAAUAUAGUAUAUUGUGUGUA